GGAGCAGUCCAGUCUCCUCCCUCCCCUUGGCGCAGCGCAUCAGGCCAGCCAGCCAGCAACGGCACCAGAGCGAUGCGGCCCCCCACCCGCAGCGAGUUCGGCUUCUCCGUCGCCGGCAGGCGCAAGCGCUCGCCGGAGUUCCCCUGCGUGUCGCGCUUCCGGCAGCGGCGGCUCAUCUCCUUCCUCGGGCACCACAACUUCUACCGCACCGUGGAUGUGUUGGUGACCCAGACGGACGUGUUCCUGUGCCUGAAGCACCUGGCCGAGCUGGUGGACGCGGGCUCCUGGGACAAGGCCAUCGACUACCUCUCCCGCUUCCUGCCGUCCGACGGCCCGCUCGGCGUCCACGGCCGCGCCCUCUUCCACUACCUCCGCGUGCACAAGGCCAUCGACGACGUGCUCGCCGGAGCCCCGGAGGCCCGCUCCGUCACCACCGCCCUCGACCAGUGCAUCAUCCGCCACCCCACCAAGAGCCACGCCCUCACCAGGCUCCGCGCCAUCUUCUCCUCCCUCCUCUGCUCCAAGAGAUACAGGGCUGUCCUGGACAUAGGGCGCGUGAGGCACAAGGCUAAACUGACUAUCGUCGACUUGGUUUGUAAGACUCCAGAGUUGAAAGACCACAUGCGACACGCCCGCGGCCCAAUGGAACCCCAGAACGUGCUUCCCAUUGGCUUCGGCUACGCCUGUUUCCGUCCGAGGCGCCACGUGAAGAAACGAGGCGGCCGGGUCUCGGCGUCUGUGCUUGGCAGGCUUUAUCUUGAGAAGAAGAAGAAGAUGCUGCCUUCUUUGACUUCAGACGAUCACUCCCAGGGGUUAACUCGUGAGUCAUUAAUUAAGGCCAAGGAAUGGCUUGUGGAUCUUGUUGAGAUAAGUUUGGAAACCGGCAAGAUGAGUGAAGCGGAACUGACUCAAUCUGCCUCUAACAAAGGUGGUCCGGUUACUCCAGUCUCACGGACUAAUCUUGCUACCUUCAAAAUGGUUACUAAUCGUACAUUAUUCCGCAAGGCAAAAGAAUGGAUGGUAUAUUUUACAGAGGAAUGUUUGAAAGCUUGGCCAGACGCGAGUCAAGAUGAUCUACCUCAACUUUUCUGCAAGGAUGGUGAUCCUGAUGGCACAGUAUCCCAUUAUUCCCAUACAGUGCCUGGUAGCUUGACUAGUCUUGCUGAAAAUUCAGCGUUUGCAUCAGUCAAAAAGCCAGACUUCGCAGAUUGAAACCGGAACUGAAGAUCAGCAAGCAAAACGUGAAGAUCAGCAAGCAACGUGAGUGUCUAAUUGAGUGGUAGCAUCGAUUGUACCACCUGCUGCUUUUGCCUUUGCGAAGACGGUCAAUUAGCUACCUACUGGUGCUACUUGACGUUAAGCUACUUGUUAGGGGCUUGCAAGUCUUGUGUAUCUUCUAUUGUUAUGUUAUCCUGCAACUCUUUCUCCUAGUUCCUGCUUCCUACUAUCAUUAGGGCAAGUGAACCAGAUCUAUGUGUAUGUAAGCUGCAGUCUGAAUGUGUGAGAACUGAAAAAAAAUUCGAAAUCUGGAUCUUCUUAUUCUGUGCAAAGUGUGAGUGCAAUUUCUUAAAAUUUC